CCUCGAGGUGUUCGCCCGCGGAUUGGGGACGGUUGGAUGGAUCUAGCUGCUUGCGAUCGCGUGAUUCCCGAGGCGGUUGGGGGGCGGCUCCCGCUGGAUCUCGCGGCGGGAGCAUUUAUUGCGGAUUGAACGGAUCACCUUUUUGCUUUCUGGGGGAUUCGAGUUUUAGCUGUUUCCAUGGCUUUUAUCUUGCCGUGAACCGAAUGAAUGUUCGAGUUCGUUAUUGUUCGACUACAACUGUAUGGAUUGAAUUUUAAUCUGUAUUAAUUCUCUGGCAGCUUGGAGGCUCGUGUUUUUUUCAAUCAAUUAUCGAAUCAGCGUUAUUUGAGAUAAAAUAGAGUGAGAAGUCUGAUCAUCUGAGGGUGCAUUUGUGGAGAAUGUCAGAGAGCAAUGCUGAUGGCAUCGAGAUAUCAGCCAGUAUUGAUGAGAGGAGGGACAGAGGGGAUGCCGAGAUCUUAGAGGAUGAGCCAAGGCAAACGAGAAUACGGUCGUUGAAGAAGAAGGCGCUGCAUGCAUCUACGAGGCUGACGCAUUCGCUAAAGAAGAGAGGGAAGAGAAAAGCGGGCUGCAGAGUUCCAAAGAUCACGAUAGAGGAUGUCAGGGACGCAGAGGAGGAGCAAGCUGUCAGUUCUUUCCGAGAGGUUUUGUUUGCCAGGGACAUAUUGCCUGAGAGGCAUGAUGAUUAUCAUACGAUGCUUAGAUUCUUGAAAGCUAGGAAGUUUGAUGUCGAAAAGGCAGCACAUAUGUGGGCUGACAUGCUGCACUGGAGGAAGGAGUUCGGGACUGACACAAUUUUGGAAGAUUUUGAAUUUCAUGAGAUAGAGGAAGUGCUGCAGUAUUAUCCCCAUGGUUAUCAUGGGGUUGACAAGGAAGGAAGGCCUGUCUAUAUUGAGUUGCUUGGGAAAGUUGAGCCCAGUAAGCUUGUGCAAAUUACAACAGUGGAACGCUAUAUUAAGUACCAUGUACAGGAAUUUGAGAGAGCAUUCCGAGAGAAGUUUCCUGCAUGCUCAAUUGCUGCUAAAAGGCAUAUUGAUACAACAACUACAAUUCUGGAUGUCCAUGGUGUGGGUUUGAAGAACUUUAGCAAGAUCGCGAGAGAUUUGGUGCGCUGUAUGCAGAAAAUAGAUGGUGAUUACUAUCCUGAGACACUACAUCAAAUGUUCAUUGUAAAUGCGGGGCCUGGUUUUAAACUGAUCUGGAGCACUGUGAAGGGACUUCUCGACCCCAAAACUUCAUCUAAAAUCCAUGUUCUAGGAACAAAAUACCAACACAGACUUCUUGAAGCUAUUGAUGCAAGCCAAUUACCAGAGUUUUUUGGUGGUUCUUGCACAUGCUCUAGCCAGGGUGGAUGCUUGCGAUCCAACAAAGGCCCCUGGAGUGAUCCUUUAAUAAUGAAGCUUGUACAUUGCAUGGAAUCAUCUGCGUUGAAGGACAUUGGGCAAGUAUCUGAUAUAGAAGAAGCAAUUACAGGCUCUGUAAGAUUGCGUGCUCUCAAGUUACCGGAAAGAAUUAUUUAUACAUCAAAUGCUGAAUCGGGCUCAGAUGUUGAUGAUCUUGGAUCUCCUAUAGGACAGGAGGAUGUUGAGUAUCAUAGUUUGGCUCCAGUUCAUGAGGAAGUUCGGAAGUCAGGAUCAACAGCAUGUGGUAGUUGUGAUGACCACCCUCUUUUGGUAGAUGAAGUUGUUGAGACGAAUAAAAGAUACAACCUUCCUGGAAAUGGGUCGGGACAGUACAACACAAGACAAAAUCUCUUAAUAAACAGAGUUUUGCCUGAGCCAGCGGCUCACGCCCCAAAUGAUGGUGAAGGAGAUGCAGAUCAUGGGAUCUUGAAAUAUCUUGCUAGAAAAGUUAUUGGUGUAAUUCUCAAAGUACUAUCCUUCUUGCGUAUUUUUAUCCGUCAUCGACAACAGUUGGAAAAUACUCGCCCGCAUACAACAACUGUGCGCAGUAACCAGGCAGAUCUUCAGAUAAUUAAGGAAGAUCAUGUAAAUCCUUGUCUAGAGCGUCUUGAAAGACUUGAAUCAAUGUUUAAUCAGCUCAGUAGAAAGCCUCCAGAGAUCCCACAGGAUAAGGAUCGUGCUAUACGGGAUUCUUUUGACAGGAUAAAGUGCAUUGAAUUUGAUCUGGAGAAGACAAAGAAGGUAUUGCAUGCAACAGUGAUUAGACAGAUGCAGAUGGCUGAGACAUUGGAAGCUGUAAAGGAGUCUGAUCUUAGGAGAAGAAAAUUUUGUACAUAAUAAACUUAGCAGCAAUGUACAGAAACAAGAAAAGAAGGGUCGACGACUUACUAAUGCCAGCUGGCAGCUUUCCAACAUAAACCAAAUAUCAUUGCUUUGUACAUGGUUGCCCUUUCUCACUUUUCCUCUUUUGAUCUAUCAAAGAAACGAGCAAAUCUUAGUGUGAAUAAGAGCACAGUGGUGACCGAGGCAAACUGUGAAGAUAAAGAAAGACCGUGCUGGAAGAUCACCGAACAUAGUCCAGCUUAUAACAGAGCAAUAGGAAUUUUAAAAGAGCCAAUGCACAGCUUAUGAUCUGCCUGUGUUCUUGUUAAUGUCCCAUUGGGCCUCCUGAUCUGCUGUACCUCAUCAUUGCCGUGUGUACAUUUUUCCAUUUCAGAACAGUUGAGGCAAUGGGCCGGCUCAUACCAUUUUUUGGUUUAUAUGGUUAAUACAUGAUCGAUUUACAUUGCAUCACCCCUUCAACUGUAAAGUGUAACCAUCAGACUGCACUGCUUGAUGGUGCAAGAUAUUACAGAUAAUUGGGACAUGGUGUUGCAACA